UAUUAAAAGCCCUCUCCCAGCAAUGGCGGGAAAGAAACCCUAGAUUCAUAAAUAAAAAUACACUGCUAAUUGCUGAGAUCGACGCAAGGAAGAAUAUCUACAAUUAUGGUGACGGCCGCGACACCGACGGCAGGGGAGAAAGUGGUGGCAGAUGCGGAUGAGUUACCGAAGGCGAUAGUGAGGAGGCUAGUAAAGGAUAAACUAUCUCAGUUGUCGCAAGACGGUGGUGAAAUUCAAGUCUUAAAGGAUUCUCUCUUGGCCUUCUCCGAAAGCUCUCGGAUUUUCAUCCAUUACCUUUCCGCUACGGCAAAUGACAUAUGCAAGGAAUCUAAACGGCAAACAAUCAAUGCUGAAGACGUAUUCAAGGCGCUUGAAGAGAUAGAGUUCCCAGAAUUUGUUGCAUCUCUAAGAACCUCUCUUGAAGAGUUCAAGAGGAAAAAUGCUAAAAGAAAGUCCGAGUCGGCGAAAUCAAAGGAAGCCAAAAAGAGCAAAACAGAAGAGCCUCCAAUGGAGAACGGAGAAGCACAGGAAAAUGGUGAGGAAGACAGAAACGAUGCUGCUACUGCUGCUGUUGUUGUUGUUGUUGAUAGCGAGUAGAGAGUAUUUACGCACAUGGUUUCUGUUGGUGAGUGAAGAAGGUGGUUCAUGUGGAACUUUUUUUAGAAGUGUUAUUCCAAUCCAAAUCUUAUGAUUCACACCUAAACUUGCACCUUCUGAAAUGUAGUUGUAAACAAGUGAUGUAGGAAAGUAUGGAGUUUGCAUCUGUAUAUGGCUUCACAAAAGUAUACAUAUAUGAUCAUUGAUUAGUUAACAAAAAUGUAUGAUCGUUGAUCAAACAACAACUUGGUUUUUUAUAAGGUUUGUCGAAAUAUUGAAAAAGGAACUCGAUGC